UCGUUCUUUUUCCCCACUCAAACUCUUUGAGAAGCAAGAUGUCCUAUACUCGAUCCUCCCUCGUGCGAAGAAAUUGGUUUGGGGACGAUUGGGACCUGGUCCCGUCCCGGAUCCGAGACCAGCAUUUCGGAGCCGGACUUUCCGAACUGGAUUUGGAUUGUCCCUCUUCCUUUUACAGAGGCUACUACUUGAGGCCGCAGAGACAGCUCAGUAGUGGUGGAACAUCUGAACUUAGAGCCGAUCCAGACAAAUUUCAGGUACGCUUGGACGUUGGCCAUUUCGCUCCAGAAGAAAUCACUGUGAAGACUGUCGAUGACCAAGUUGUAGUAACAGCCUGUCACGAAGAAAAAGUGGACGAACACGGGCUCAUCUCACGACAAUUCACAAGACGAUACCACCUACCCGAAGGUGUCGAACCAGAAAAAGUAACAUCCACCCUCAGUGCUGAUGGUGUUCUUCUCAUAGAAGCCCCCAGAAAAAGGCCACAGCAAGCUUUAGGUCCCAACGAACGAGCUAUACCGAUCCAAGUGCAAAAUGUUCCUUCAAGUCCAAAAGUUACCACAUCCAUACCAGUACAGAAAGAAGAAAAAAAAGAAAAAACUGACGAGAAGAAAUAAAUUAUUUUAAAUCGCACAGCGAAAUUUUUAUUUUUAUGAAUGAACGUGUAAUUGAUAUCAAUUAAAGUUUUAAUCAAUAUCUGAA